CUCGGUCCGGAAUUUCGUUGGGGUUGACUUGUAAGACUUGUUUUGAUCCUGCAUGAUGUUGCGUUCACCUGUCGGAAUGCUCCGUGGCGUGGUGAUUAAUAACUGCAGGGCGAGCGCCGCUCCUGCAACUCUCGUAGGUGUCGAGAUCAUUUUCAGAGGCUUUCUCAGACACUCGUUCGAAAAGGACCAGUGUUCAUCCACUUUCCCGAUUUGAAGUUGCUUGACAGGGGGGUCGAGAAGGAACGCGUCAGAUGCAGGGCAAGCCUCGUUUUUUGCUAUUUUUUAAUUUUUUUUUAUUUUAGUUCCUCCUCAGUGAGGCAUCGGUAAACGUGUGCACAUAGAAAUACUGUCGAUGCUUUUGUUGAUAACAGACAGCCGUUCGGACCGUUUCAACGAAGGCUCGUCAAGGUUUCCUGGCGACGUGUCAUCAAUUGUCCUCACUUCCGUGUCAAGGUUUUAAUUGAAUUGUUGCAGCCUUGCCAAGAUGGAUGAAGGAAGUCCCGCGCUUCUUAUCCUCGCUCUUCGGUUUUACGAAGGCCGACCUUACCGGUAGAACAAUCGCUAACCCCGCAGGCAUGAUUUAGGCCGUCUCUUUCGGGACACUAACACCCGUCGGCAACCUCGUGGUCGACCCCCUAUGAACACAUGAGAGGGAAGGAACACAGACAAACCAUGAAAAAGAUAUACAUUGGCAAAACCGCCUCAAAAGUCCCCCGAAACGGCGGCAAACAUCUGAAAAAGAGCUCAUUGCUGGAGCAGAAAGAAGACCUGCGGAAGCGACUUUCCUACACCACGCACAAGCUGGAGCUGCUGCAGAGCGAGUUUGACGCCACCCGCCAGUACCUGGAGACCGAGCUGCGCCGCGCUCAGGAAGAGCUGGAUAAGUUUACCGAUAAGCUGCGCAGGAUUCAAAGCAGCUACUCGGCACUGCAGAGGAUCAACCAAGAUCUAGAAGAGAAGAUUCACCGAGAUUCGCAGCACCAUGACGACGAAAAGCGGGCGCUGAGCAGAGAGAUCAUCGUCCUCAACAACCAUCUGAUGGAGGCCAAGCUCACCAUCGACAAGCUCCAAGAGGACAAUGACGUCUACAGGAAGGAUUGCAACCUGGCCGCUCAGCUUCUCCAAUGCAACAAAUCACUUUACAGGGCCCAACUCUCCGAGCUACCUACUGACUUUCAGGAGCGACUGACUAUGCACAUGGAAGAGCCUCCGGUCUGCCGCACAUACUCGGACUCCGUGCCGGCCUCGCUCAUCGGGCAGGUGCUCGAGAAGCCCGAGGAGGCGUGCAGCAGCAGCCAAGCCUCGCGCUCCGCCAGCCCUCAUACGCCGGACCACGCUUUCGUUCUGGAAACGUUGGCUCAAGGUGGGGAGCGCCUGGGUCUGCGCGCGGCUUACAAGUCCGACUUGUACAGCAGCGACACGGCCCUUUACUGCCCCGACGACCGGCACCGGGAGCGCAGGCCCAGCAUGGACCUUCACGGUCAGAGGAAGCUCCUCUACGAGCCGCAGAAUUCCACCGACAGCAACCCGGAGGAUUGCCCCGUGGGCUUGAGACCCUCUUUUACCCAGGAGCGCUUUGCCGAAUUCCCCCCCUUGGGGGUGGGCUCCAGCUCCUACUCCAGCUUCAGCGGAGGGGGCUCAGAAGACAAAGCCAACGGCCCGCCGAGCAGCGCCGCUUCCUCCCCGCGCCAACACACCCUCUACAUGGAUUGGAGGGAUGCCGGGGACUACGAGAGGAAGAGCGACUCGUCCUGGGACAGGGAUAGUCCCAGAGGGUUCGGGAACAAUCAUCCCUUCCAGCAGAUGGAGAUGAUCCAUCAGCAGAACAGCAGCUCGCCCGUGUACAGCCGCACCAUGUCCUCCUGUUUCAGCGAGCCCUACGAGCCCCUGCCUCAAUCGUCUUCCCCGAGCGUCGCCUACGGUGACAGUCGCCGAGGAAGCGCCCUGGCCCCCGAGGAGGAGGAGGAAGAGGAGCUGAUCGGAAGAUGGCGGCAGCUCAGCGCCGAAGACUUGAGCUCGCACUCUUACCGCAGUCCCGGCCGCGCUUCGCCGUACAGCUUCUCCGAGCAGCACUUCUCCGUGAGGCCGGCCAAGAUACGUCUGGGCCCGCUUUACAGCAGCUUCCAGGAAGGGGCCGACUACUACGAGCACCAGGGAGCCGGCGGCAUGCAGGAUCCGGCGUGGGCGGCCGCGAGUCCGGAGUGCAGCCCGGUGCUCCGCCAGGCUCACAGCCAAGCCCGCUUGUACGAGGACAGCCAAGGCUCCGAGCACAGCCUCUACCACUCGGGCGGCUCCAAAGACCAAGAGUCCAAUGAGGCAUCCGGAGGCCAAAGUGCCGAUUACGGGGAGCAAAGUCCCAACAGCUCCACCGAAUCCCUCAACCGCCGGUCCAUGGAGAUGGCGGCGGAACUUCAGCACUACCAGGCGGAGAUGCACAACCUGUCCGCCCAGGUGAGCCCGUCGUCUCCGCCAACGGUCCCACCGCCUCCGCCGCCGUACCACCAAAAAUUUGCCUCUCUGGGACUUUCCCGGAAAGACAGCCUAACCAAGGCACAGUUGUACGGAACACUCCUCAACUGACGGACCAUGAGGGGAAAAACGGGAAUAGAAGCCACAGAAGUGUAUGUGUUGUGAACGUGACUGGUGAUGACUGGAAAGUGAGAGGCCUCUCUACAUCGUAAGAAUGUGUGUAGCGGUACCUUGACUUACAGGAUUAAAAAGGAAAAUUCAGUCGAUUUUUCACAUUGCGAGCCAAAAUUUAAAUAGCAUCCAGCUUCACAUAUGACAUUCUCUUUCCUUAUGUCUUGAAUUUUUAAAUAUUGCACUACAUUUUUUUUAAUUAAAAACACAACAUAGGCGUUUUUUUUUUUGCGCCGCUGGAAUGUCAUUUCAAUGGUGGUCACUGAAUUAAUCAAACCUGUAAAUCAAGGUAACACUGUAUUUAUUCUAUAUUUAUUGAGUAGAAAAUGACAGAUAUUUUUUUGUAUGUAGCUAUUCAAAUGACAAUUUUAGUCAACCUGAAACUUGUACAUACACAAAGUAAAAAAGCGGCCAAUACUAUCUAUUAAAACAAACGCACCCUUAACUUGACGCCUGUAUAAACAGCAUAGGCCUUGUGUACCAGUCACAGUUAAGAGUGACAAAUUAGCCCCAUUUUUUUUCCUUUGAUUGAAUUUGACAGUCUCGGUUGGUGUUUUAUAUUGUUAUUGCUGGAAUGUUUUGACACGUGAACAUCUGUCCUGAGUUUGUUUUAGUUCUUCUCUUAAUAUAAGGACACAAAAUUCCUGCAACUGCCAAGCACCCACUUUCGACCUCUGAUUCGGACACCGUCAUCAAGACUAUAUAACCUUUGUUCCUUUUAUUAACCAUGCAUGAUUAGAUAUUUUCAGUUGUUUUGUUGGAUCAAUAAAAGCACAAAGUAUGCA